AUGACUCUUUCGAUGCAUCAACUCUCAAUCUCAAGCUUUCCUUAUCAUUAUAUUCUACUUCAAAUUCAAUGUUCUCCAUCCUUUACACCAGAUUCAAUUAGUCUCUUACCCAUCAUCAAAAAAUUACAAAACGAUUGUUUUGGUCCCUUAUCAUCCAAUGAAUUAUCUCUCAUCUGGACAACACACAAGCCUAAUUCUAAUCUAACAAGAGUAAUUCUCAAAAUAUCUGCUUGUAACGCAACUCAAUUCCUUGCUGCUAUACCGCUGUUAUCUAAACCAAUCAAUGAUCAAUAUCAAUCUAUUUCAGUUAUCUCACAAUCUCAUUCACUUAUCAAUCUUUCUUCAAUUGUCAAUUGUCAACUGAAACCAGAUGAGAACGACCACAAUCUCGCAAGAGACGUUAAUGUCACGGGUUCGAGUCCCGUUGGGAGAACGCUUUUUGUCGGCCUGCACUUUGAGGCCGUACGUCUCCUGCCUCCACCAAAGCUGCGUUGUCUCCAGCUUGGUAAUGACAGAAGUCCAACGAUGAGCAACAACGGGAUGGGACCUUGCAAGGACGCCGCGCUUCGAGGAAUUUACGAUAAAGUUAGACUUAGCCUCGAAAUCUUGCUUUCUUGA